AUGGGGCUGGGGCUCCUGAGCGCAGCGCUCUUGUUUGUGGGGGGCGCUCUCAUAUGCUCAGAACACUACUCACUCUCCGAAAGGAGUGGGCGCGGCUCCUCGAGGGAACAGGCCGGAGGUCGGAGGUGGCCCGAGGCCGUGAGUGGGAGGCCCAGGGCGCAGGAGCACCAGGCCCCGGAAGAGGAAGUGUUGAACGCGAAGGGCAGUAUCUAUUGUGGAACAGCACCACUUGCAAAUACGUUCAAGGGGUCUCGGAUUGUAGGGGGCACAGAAGCUCAAAUUGGCGCAUGGCCAUGGCUAGUUAGCCUACAGAUUCAAUCUGGCAGAUAUCUUGCUCAUGUAUGUGCGGGAAGCUUAGUGAAAAAUAGAUGGGUCCUCACGGCUGCCCACUGCACUAAGGACACUAGAGAUCCUGUAAUGUGGAGAGUUGUGAUUGGAACUAAUAAUAUAGAUGGGCGUCAGCCACACUCCAAGAAGAUGAAAGUUAAAGCGAUCAUUAUCCAUCCAGACUUCGAUGUGGAAUCUUAUGAAAAUGAUAUUGCGCUUUUUCAUUUAAAAAAAGCAGUGAGAUACAAUGAUUAUAUUCAGCCUAUCUGUCUACCUUUUGGUGUUUUCCAAAGACUGAACCGAAACACGAAGUGUUUUAUAAGUGGAUGGGGAAGAACAAAAGAAGAAGGUAAUAUUACAAAAAAAUUACACGAAGCAGAAGUGCAUUAUAUCUCUCGAAGUUUUUGUAAUUCUGACAAGAGUUAUGGGGAUAUAAUUCCUUACACUUCGUUUUGUGCAGGUGAUGAAGAUGGAGUUUUUGAUACUUGCAGGGGUGAUAGUGGUGGACCAUUAAUGUGCUACUUACCAGAACGUAAACGAUAUUUUGUAAUGGGAAUUACCAGUUACGGAUAUGGCUGUGGUCGAAAAAAUUUUCCUGGUGUCUAUAGUGGGCCAUCCUUCUACCAAAAGUGGCUGACAGAUCACCUCUACCAGGCAAGCAAUGAAGGCAUAUUUAAUAUAAAUAUUCUACUUGGACAGGUCCUUGUAGCCUUAGGUUCUGUUGUCUUACUAGCAGCUCCAUAA